GGUUGGAUGUAGGAGAUAACAAACGAUAACAAAAUUCGUGGGAUUAUCGAUUGCAUUGUUGCGAUUCAUUCAAAAUGGCGUCCAAGAGGAAGCAAGAUGACAAGCACCUUAAACAAUUACGGGAGAUGGUUAGCAGAGAACACAAUAAAACGUGUUUUGAGUGUAAUCAGAGGGGACCUACAUAUGUUGACAUGACAAUAGGGACAUUUGUAUGUACAUCAUGCAGCGGAAUUUUAAGAGGUAUCAAUCCACCACACAGGGUCAAAUCUAUAUCAAUGGCAAGUUAUACAGCAGCAGAAAUGACUUUCUUAGAAAAGAAUGGCAAUGAGGUUUGUAGGCACAUAUGGCUGGGUUUGUACGACUCCAAAUCACAACCCGGUCCCGAGUCCAAAGAAGACACCAAGGUGCGGGACUACCUGGUGCAGAAGUACGAGAAGAAGCGGUGGUACGUGGAGCCGGGCCAGGCCGCCGUCCUGGCCGCCGCCAAAGCAAAGGAAGUAGCUGAGAGUGCGGAGAGGAAAAGCACAAGCAGCUCACACAGUACGCCCGAGCCCAAACCGCUCAAGUCGUUAAUAGGCAGCAAUGCAGCUCCAAUAAAAGUAUCACAGCCACCUGGGCACUCCACUUCCACACACAACAUCAGCAAACCUCCUACGUUAGCUCAAACUGCCAACAAACAGAAGUCGGUUGAUCUUCUAGCUGAUCUAGGGGGAGACCCUUUCGCAAGUGCAUCACAACCAGCAGCACAAACUGGAGGCUUUGGGCAAACACCCUUCGGUCAAGCAACUCAGCAAUCUCCGUUUGGCCAGCCAGCCCAGCAAGCAGGCUUUGGGCAACAGCAGACGCCUUUCGGGCAACAGGCUGCAUUCGGACAACCGGCCCAGCAGGGAGGUUUUGCCGAUUUCAGCCAGGCUUUUGGAGGACAACCGCAAAGUAGCCAAGUUUCAGAUGAUAAAAGAGAAAACAAUGACAUAUCGAGCAGUCCUGGGGACCUACAUGUACUAGCAGACUUGCAUGUAGCUUUUUCCCCUCAAACCAUCCAACAAAAUGAUUGUGAGUAAAGAUUGAGCGUGUCU